AAAGAGGCUUUGCCUUUUUAUUUUUGCUUGCUUUGUUACAAACCCCGUAUUUCUUUUUCUCUCUCUUCCCUUUUUCCCUUUUUCUUCUUUUUUUUUUCUUUCUAUCCUGCUUUAGUUCCCCCCCCCCAUACCAAUGUCCGGUAAUCCUAAAGCGUAUUAUAACCAACCAGAUUACGCCGGUAACAGGAAACGACCGGAGAUCCAUAAGCCAGACGAUGCUUCGGCCGAUAUGGCUCCACCGCCUUACAGCCCGCCAAUGGGUUCAGAAGGAGAUACCGAAGGAAGCAUAUCCAAUACUUAUGGUACCAUUAUCUCUGGCCAACCGGGUUUGUUGGGUGCCCGACACUUUCUUGCAGGACCAUCUUCUUCGGCCUCUCGCAUAGCCGAUGCCGCGAUGUAUCCUCCUUCUCCUGCUUCAGCACCCGCCAUGCCUGUAGCAUGGAACAAUCCUCAUAUUCCACGCGAAUGGUCGGAAAGAGGGAUGCCGAUGCCAUCACCGGUAUCGGCACCUCAACCUUCACCAGGGAUGCCACCGCCGGGAAUGCCACCACCAGCAUGGGCAGAACAACAAGAAAACAAUGGUUCCGGGAAAAAAUGGUUCAAAUACAUCUUCCUUGGCAUCCUCGCUUGGCUUGUGCUUACGAAAUACAGCGGCUGGUUCAACCCUUCCGACCCAUCAAAGCACAUAGGUUUAAUAAACUGCAAGGGUGCCGAGACUGUUUACAAAUCAGUCUUGCCAAAGGAGAUACAAUUCGACAAAGAUCUGUCAGUAUCACUCGAAGGUCAUGUGUCUGGCGGCCAAUUAAUUAUCCAUUCAUUGCCUCCUGGCGACGAAGCUACUUCUGGUUCUAUUCAUACCCGCAUCCGACUGGCGCCACCGAGACUGCAGGAGGAGCUUUCGUAUACUUUGGACAAUGACAACGACGAAACGAGACUUGUGUUAAAAAUGCCGACUCACCCACUGACGGACAGCUGCAUUUUCGUGGAAAUGGAAAUAUAUCUUCCAACCACCACCACAUCACUGCGCACCAGUAUGCCCAACAUUGUCACACAAGUGGUUGACCAACUUCACGAUGUGGAUAUUGUCCAACUUCGGAGUACCAAUGCUCCCAUCUCCUUGGAUCAGGGAUGGUCAGGCAAGCAGCUUGUAUUGGAAACACGCAAUGGCAAUAUCCGCGUGGGCAACGGUUUGAAAAGCGACGAAACUGUGAGCUUGAAAACUACCAAUGGAGUCAUUGCCGUGACCGAUGUGACGGCCAAGUCGUAUGUAGCGCUGGAAAAUACCAAUGGUCAAAUUGAAGCAUAUACCAUUUCAGCAAACGAUAAAGUGUUGCUCAGAUCUUCGAAUGGAGCUAUUGUGAGCAACGCUGCUGUUGCCACGCAAGUGAUCGUGGAGACCUCCAAUGGUGCGGUUUCAUUGGCACAUAUCCAGGCGAAACGAGAAGCUCUGUUGAAAACAUCCAAUGCCCCCAUCGAAGCUACCAUUGAAAAUGCCAAGGAUGUUAUUAUUAAGGCUCUUACAAGCAAUGGACCUGCCACAAUUCACAUGCCAAUGACGUUUGAAGGACAUUUCAUGAUCCAGACAUCCAAUUGGAGCCGAGCCAACGUGAGAGAUCAGUUAGGUGAGGAGGGCCAUAUUGUUUUCCACGACAAUCAGCGUCAUUACAAGCAAGGACAGCGAUUGCAAGGUCAAGGCGAUAUCAUAGUAACUACUAGCAAUGCUAACGCCAACCUCGUAUUUGAUGUAUAAAAUCAAUUUCAAAAGUUUGUUAUUUUACCCUUAUUGUUCUUUCGUUUACCAUUUCGCUUGCACAAAGAAAGUAAAAAUUAACACUUGAACAAAAAUACAAAAUAAAGCAGAUCAAACGAAAAGAGAGAUGAAAUCCGAGAACAUGGUUAUAAGUUAUGCGAGGUAAAAAAAA